GUGAGCAGUUUGAGCGUUUGGUGCCAGUUGCAAUGCUGAGCCGGUCGGGGUCUACACGCUUGAGCAGGCUGCGCGCUGCUUGUCUUCUGUGAGAAAAUGCAAACGUGUGGCUGGAAUCUGUAAUCAGUUUCGAUUCGGCGCUGACUUUAUUGCCUCGGAGGGGGUCCGGCCGCACCGUUUGAUGGAGUAAAAAAAAUGUCAGUCAGGACUGGCUUUUACAAACAAGAAUUAAACAAAACGAUAUGGGAAGUGCCGGAGAGAUAUCAGCACCUGACCCCGGUUGGAUCUGGGGCUUACGGAUCUGUCUGCUCUGCCUAUGAUACAAGAACACGACAGAAGGUAGCUAUAAAAAAGCUAUCAAGACCAUUUCAGUCUCUGAUCCAUGCAAGGAGGACAUACCGGGAGCUGAGACUGUUAAAACACAUGAAACAUGAAAACGUAAUCGGAUUGUUAGAUGUCUUUACACCAGCACUUACAUUGGAAAACUUCCGUGAAGUGUAUUUGGUGACGAACCUCAUGGGUGCAGACUUGAACAACAUAGUCAAGUGUCAGAAGCUGACAGAUGAUCAUGUGCAGUUUCUUGUGUAUCAAUUACUCAGGGGACUUAAGUAUAUCCAUUCUGCUGGUAUCAUCCACAGAGACCUGAAACCAAGUAAUUUAGCAGUAAAUGAGGAUUGUGAAUUAAGGAUUCUAGAUUUCGGGCUGGCUCGGCAAACUGAUGAUGAAAUGACUGGUUACGUAGCAACUAGGUGGUAUCGGGCUCCAGAAAUAAUGUUGAACUGGAUGCAUUAUAAUCAGACAGUGGAUAUUUGGUCUGUUGGAUGCAUUAUGGCAGAGUUGCUGAAAGGAAAAGCCCUUUUCCCAGGAACUGAUUAUAUUGAUCAACUGAAGCGAAUAAUGGAAGUUGUUGGAACACCCAGUUCAGAGUUGCUAAAGAAAAUAUCUUCAGAACAUGCUAGAAAAUACAUUGAAUCUUUACCAUACAUGCCUCAAAGAGACUUGAAAGAGGUAUUCAAUGGUGACAAUCCUUUAGCUGUAGAUCUGCUUCAGAAGAUGCUAAUUCUUGACACUGAUAAGAGGAUAACUGCAACAGAUGCUCUGACUCACCCUUACUUUGCUCAGUAUCACGACCCUGAAGAUGAACCAGAAGCCGAACCAUAUGACGAAUCAGUAGAGAAUAAGGAGCAGACUAUAGAAGAGUGGAAAGAACUAGCGUUUGAAGAGGUCAACAGCUUUAAGUUGCCACAAUGUACAACGGAAAACAUGGAGAUGGACAACUGAGAGCAGGCUCGCCAUUAUGUCUGCAAUGAGAGAUAAAAGAAUGUUUCAGCUGCUUGCUGCUGCUUGACUCACCAUGGGGCUUCCUUUUUAAUGUAUACAGUCCCACCUUUGCUACAGUUCAUCACAAAACAGUCCCAACUUCUCCAAUGGACAUAAAGCAUAAAGAAAUUCAAUGCCUUCAAUGUUACUUUGUUUUUAUUUGCACAACUGCCUUGUGUAAACAAUUAAUAAAUCAAAUGCUAUGUGCCAUUCAGGUCAAGUUUAUCAAUCACAUUCUAAUGUCUUGAAAUGUGUGUUACCCAAUUAUGUCAGCAGCCUUUGAACAGAUGAAAAUGGCUCUAAUAAAACCCUUCUUUUGAGAUAACAAAGUAUUCCAAAAUGUCAGUUAGCAACUGUACAGUUUAUUAUAUCUGUAAUUUAUGCUUAUUCUGUUUGUUUACUUAAAAUACAGUUAGAAUGAUGAUCAAUGUACUAGCAGGAAGAUGCUCAGAAUAAAAUGACUAAUUUUAUUGUCAUCA